GUGUGUUCGCAUGUAGGAAUAAUGAAUGGUAGAUUGCAUAUCGUGCGUGUGUCGUGUGGUAGAUGUGCUCCGGGAUGUGAGCGAUCUAGUGGCGACAUAAGACAUAUUUGUUACAUACUGCUUCAUGCUAAGUUGAUUGUACUGUAGUUUACGAGAUCCUGGCUGUUUUCAUAAUUGAUCGACGAUUUGAGUUUACGGAAACGUUUGGCAAGUGUUAUUUAUUGGUGAUGUUGGUAGGCCUAUUCCAAUGACGUAGCUCGCGAUUCGUCUGCAAAUUUAGUUCCGAGAAAUUAUUGAUUAGGGAAGAUGUCACUGCAGUAGCCCGCCUUUCGACAUUCAUUUGUCUAUCAUAGUUCGGAGAUAUUAUUAAAGGAGAUGAUGUCACUAGUGACUUCAGCAGCCCCUCUUUGGAGCGGUAUUUCAGGCAGCAUUUCAAACCUCAGUGCAAUGGGGUGUGCUCGGACGGACAUCUACUUCAGGCCUUUGGUCGGUAGAUGCCAGGAGACUUCGUAACGGUGCGCUUAGGAUAAUCAUUGAAAUACACUCUACGUGCUCUCUGGUGGAGAUAACUGUAAGCAGCAAGAGCUUGUACGGAUCGUCUUUUCCAGGGCUGCUUGAGAUUCUCAUUUAGUAUCAACUCUUUGGCAUCAGUUAUGUGCAUGAAUAUGAAUAUUUGCUUAUCAACGUGUGUCUGAGAUUUUUAGUGGAAACAUGCUGGUUAUUUACAUUCAUAAUGCAGCUGACCCUCAGUGGUGAACUUCUUGAGAAUAACAGGCCAUCAAGGCAGGGACUGAAGAACACAGCGAGGCACACCAGCGUUACAGUGAACCCGAGGCCGCAGACAACAAAGAGCAUCAACUGCAUUCUCCCAUCUGAAGCUGAGAUGAAAGAAAUUUUGGAAACACGUGGACAGGUGUCCAGUCAGCAGACAUUAUAUUGUGAAUCCAUGAAUGAACAGGAAUAUUUUUUACUCAAUAAGAGGGAGAAGUUUAAAGAAAUAAUAAGAAACAGAAGAAUAAAUGAAUCUCCAGAGCAUCGACAAAAGCGUUUAAACCAAAUGAAACAGCAUGCAAAACUUCGUAGAGCAAACGAAACUCCUGAGCAACGACAGAAGCGCCUCAGUCAAAUGAUUAUUUAUUCUAGGCAACGAAGGGCAAGCGAGAGUCUCGAUCAGCGUGUAAAACGACUCGGUCAGAUGAAUAAUUACGCAAAACACAGAAGAGCAAGUGAAACCCCAGAUCAGCGCGAAGAACGAAAGCAAAGACUACGAGAAUGGCAAAGCUCGAGAAGAAGCAGUGAGACGCCAGAGGAACGGCAGAAGCGCCUAAGUUACAUGAAUAGCUAUGCGAAGCAGCAGAGAGCAAAUGGAAGUCUCCUAAGAAGUGAAAGAUGACAACAAGGAAAGGGUACAGUAAGAAGAGAAGGUGCAUUUCCAAAACAACACGAAGUGCACAAAUCGUGCGCAGUACAAAGAACUUAUGAGACUAUGGAACAAAAACAAAAACAAGCUGAAUGUGUACAGGAACAAGGUGAUUGUCGUGGAAGACGAGAGACAAAGUUUGCGGUACAUAAAACAUCUGAAGCCCCAGAGCGACAUGAAGAGAGGUAUAGAUAUGAACAAGAGAAAGAUGUGCAAAGAAGAAGAAAUAAAAAUUGGAGGAGUAUAUGGACAAGGCUACAAGAAGAAAUGUUUUCGCUUCAGAGAACAAAAACAAGACUGGCACAUGCAGAAACAAAAUGAACAAUGCUAGCGACAAGAUGCGACAGUUGCCUUACAUAAAACAAGUGAAAGUUUAGAACAGCUUGAUCAUCGAUGUAGAUGAUGAUAGGAAAUAAAUCAAAUUAAUAAAGAAGCAAAUUUACAAAGGAAUGAAGAGCAGAACUGAUGUGAAACAUCAUGAACAUUUAAUAAACUUCUAAUUUAGAUGUAAGUUAAUGUUGAAGUGCUUCUUCUAAGCACAUGAACAAGAAUUACAGAAUAUGAAUUAAAAAUUACCUAAAUGUUUGUCUUCAGUUUGAAAAAUGUUUACAUUCCACAGCAGAUUGUGAUGGAAAUUCGUACUCUGUGUUGGUAAUUUGUGUACCGUAUGGGAAUGGUUCUGAAUUUUGAAAACAGUGUUAUCCUGUAGAACACUGGAAGAUUGAUUUAAAAACUUGAAAAACAUAAAUUAGGCUCAAAGAUGGUAUUACUCAGAUGCUUUGACAUGGGUAGGAGAUGAGAUUGAACAAAGUACUGACUUUAUGAAAGUGUUAUUACCUAAUAAAUAGCUUAAGGUACACAUAAAAUUGUAUUACAGACUCAAAAACAAUCAAAUUGUAAAUUUGAGAAUCUUCGAGGUGUGAUGGAUGCUUUUCAGUGAUUGUAUUUGCUGUUGCACUUGGUGUCUAAAUGAAGCACAAAGCAAAGAGCUUUUGUUGUCUGUUUCGAUGUUUUGUUACGGUGUCUGUAUUGAUAUAUUGCUGGCAGUUGAGCUGGGAAGGCCAGCAAAUGAUUGUGCUUAAGAGGAAGAAUGGCAUGUUGCUAGCAGAGAAGAGGUUAUUCCUGAAAGCACAGAUGGAAGUGCAAUCUGUACGCAAAGUUUACGUACUUUCUGGGGUUUUAGAUUUGUUGUAUUGCAGGAGCAUGAAGAUAGUUGUUUCAAGGGUCUCGUGUUACUAGUUAAAAAACUAUAUUUUUAAAGUUGGUUAUGGUGUGCAGAUUAGAGUUUAAAUAAAGUGACAAUAUUA